GCCCCCAACCAAAAUGGCGGCACGACGUUGCCCGUUGGCGCCCCCAAUGCGAGGACUCCAACCGCAAAGGCAACGUAUGACCAGCAUCCCGUUACCCGCCACCAGGUGCAUAACUCACAUGCUGCUGCUGUCCAUGUUGCUGUUGCACCUGAGCAAUAUUGGCUUGGCGACAGCAACUGGCGAACAGCAGGCGGCCAGCUAUGCUGGACUGAGUGCCGAAAAUGCAGCCAGAAUGCUGGCGGGCAGUCCCGGUGAGGCGGAGGCCAAUGCUCAACAUGGUGGCAACGGGCACAGCGAGAUGUCGCUGGUGCUGCCCCAUGAUACCUAUCCGGGCUUUAGCAUCAAGAAAUUCAAGACGCGUCCGCUGCAGCAGCCCAACGGCACAGCAGCUCAUCAUAGAGGAGCAGGAGGAGCUGGAGCUGCUGCCUAUCACAUGCUGGACAGCGACUAUUCCAAGUACUUCACCGUGCUGGACGAUGGCGUUGUGAUGACCACAGCGGACAUAUCGCCUCUGGUGAAUCGUCCUGUACAGCUGGUGGUUGUCGAGCAGACACCGAAUGCGACCAAUACGCAUAAUCUGCAGCUAUUUGUCAUGCAUCGCAAGGAUAUGUUGCGCUUCUCUGGCUCACUGCUGGAUGCCAGCGGCGAGGUGCGCGAGAAUCAUCCGGCGGGCACACGUGUGCGUGGCGUGCCCCUCAUGCAGGCAUUCAGCGGUUCCAUAUUGGAUGAGGAGCUGGCACAGCCGAAGAAGGUGCGCUACACCAUCAUCGAUGGCAAUGUGGAUGAUGCAUUUGCGCUCCAGGAACGUCGCGCCAAUCAGAAUGUCCAGUUAAAUGCCAAAUCGUUGGUCAUCGAGGGUGACGAUGAGUCGGGCGUGUGGCUGGUCACGAAUCGUCCAUUGGAUCGCGAAGAGCGCUCGCACUAUGAUCUCUCCGUGGAGGCCUCCGAUGUGGAUGGCCUGGACAAGACGGUGUCCAAGAUACAAAUCACAGUGCUCGAUGAGAAUGACAACAGGCCCGUAUUUAAGUCGCAGGACUACAAGUUUGCCAUUGCCGGCAAGAAGUCGCUAAAUAGUGACAGCAACAACAGCGUCAGCUGGCAGCGCUUCGCCAUAUUGGGCCGCGUCGAGGCCACCGAUGCCGAUGGCGACAAGAUUGCCUAUCGCCUGAAAUCGCCCAGCAAUGUGGUCAUCAUUGUGCCACAGACGGGCGAGCUAAUGCUCGCCGGCGAGCCGACCACCAAUGAGCUGCUGCUCGAGGUAAUUGCCCAUGAUCUACGCUAUCCCAGUCUGUUGAGCGCCCAGCCGGCCAAGGUGCUGUUGGAGUUUCUGGCACCUGAGCCGGUGUCCUUUAUAAUGCAGCACCUGGAGCACGAUGCGGUCAACGAGCAUUCGCAUCAUCGGGAGAAGCGACGCGUUACGCGCGCUGUCCGACCCACCAAACGUAUCGAGUUCACCGAGGCCGAUGGCGAUACCGAGGGCAAGUCCGUGUUUCAGCUGGAGAAGGAAACGGAUAAGGAAACGUUCAAAAUACGCGACGAUAAUCCCUGGGUGACGGUCGAAACAAAUGGAGCGGUGCGCGUGAAAAAGAAGUGGGACUUUGAAGAGCUUGGACCGGAUAAGACUAUCGAUUUCUGGGUCAUCAUCACGAACAUGGGACACAAUGCUGGCAUCAAGUACACGGACAACCAGCGCGUGAUUAUCCUGGUAAAGGAUGUGAAUGACGAGCCGCCCUACUUCAUCAAUCGACCGCUGCCGAUGCAGGCGGUGGUUCAGCUAAAUGCACCGCCCAAUACACCAGUAUUCACGCUGCAGGCACGCGAUCCGGAUACGGAUCAUAAUAUACAUUAUUUCAUAGUGCGCGAUCGCACGGGCGGUCGUUUCGAAGUGGACGAACGUUCGGGCGUGGUGCGCACCCGGGGCACAGAUCUCUUCCAGCUGGACAUGGAAUAUGUGCUGUAUGUGAAGGCGGAGGAUCAAAAUGGCAAGGUGGAUGAUCGCAGAUUCCAAAGCACGCCCGAGGAACGUCUAUCGAUUGUGGGCGGCAAACGGGCGCCACAAUUCUAUAUGCCCGGCUACGAGGCCGAAAUACCCGAGAAUCAGAAAAAGGACUCCGACAUCAUUUCGGUUAAGGCCAAAUCCUUUGCGGACCGUGAGAUACGCUAUACGCUGAAGGCGCAGGGACAGGGCGCCGGCACCUUUAACAUUGGACCCUCAUCGGGCAUUGUCAAGCUGGCAAAGGAGCUGGACUUUGAGGACCUGCGACAGCCGCAUGUCUAUACACUGAUUGUGACAGCCACCGAGGAUUCCGGCGGCUUCUCCACAUCCGUUGAGCUCACCAUACGCGUCACGGAUGUCAAUGACAAUGCGCCCAAGUUUGAGCUGCCCGAUUAUCAGGCGCACAAUGUGGACGAGGAUAUACCGCUGGGCACUAGCAUAUUGCGCGUUAAGGCCAUGGAUGCCGAUUCGGGCGCCAAUGCUGAGAUUGAGUAUCUUGUCUCGGAUGAUCAUUUCGCUGUCGACUCCAAUGGCAUCAUUGUGAACAACAAGCAGCUCGAUGCGGACAACAACAAUGCCUACUAUGAGUUUAUUGUCACCGCCAAGGAUAAGGGUGAGCCGGCCAAGUCGGGCACCGCAACCGUGCGUGUCUAUACCAAGAACAAGAACGACGAGGAGCCCAAGUUCUCACAACAGGUCUACACGCCCAAUGUGGACGAGAAUGCCGGUCCGAAUACUUUGGUAACCACUGUGGUCGCCUCCGACAAGGAUGGCGAUAAUGUGCGCUUCGGUUUCGUUGGCGGCGGCACCUCCUCCGGCCAGUUUGUCAUCGAGGACAUCACAGGUGUCAUACGGCUGCAUAACAAGGCCAUUUCACUGGAUCGCGACAAGUACGAGCUGAAUGUGACCGCCAUGGAUGAUGGUUCCUGUUGUGUCAACGGCGAUCAGACCAUACACACCUCAACGGCUGUCGUUGUCGUCUUUAUCACCGAUGUCAAUGACAAUAAGCCGGUGUUUAAGGAUUGCGGCACCUACUAUCCCAAGGUGGAGGAGGGUGCACCCAAUGGCAGUCCAGUUAUUAAGGUUGUGGCCACCGAUGAGGACAAGGGCGUCAAUGGACAGGUUAAAUACUCGAUUGUACAGCAACCGAAUCAGAAGGGCACCAAAUUCACAGUGGACGAGGAAACUGGUGAAGUGUCCACCAACAAAGUGUUCGAUCGUGAGGGCGACGAUGGUAAAUUCGUCUCCGUGACGGUAAAGGCAACUGAUCAGGGUGAUCCCAGCCUGGAGGGUGUCUGCUCUUUUACCGUGGAGAUAACCGAUGUAAAUGAUAAUCCGCCACUAUUCGAUCGUCAGAAAUAUGUGGAGAAUGUUAAACAGGAUGCCAGCAUUGGCACCAACAUACUGCGCGUCUCGGCCUCCGAUGAGGAUGCGGACAAUAAUGGCGCCAUUGUUUAUAGCCUGAGCGCGCCCUUCAACCCCAACGAUCUGGAAUAUUUCGAUAUACAAGCCGAAUCUGGUUGGAUAGUGCUCAAGAAGCCGCUUGACCGCGAUCGUUAUCGCCUGCGCGUGCGCGCCUCAGAUCGUGGCGACCCGCCCUCAUAUGCCGAUGUCGAUGUUGAGUUAGAUGUCGUCGAUCGCAAUAAUAAGCCGCCCAUUUGGGAUAAGAGCAUUUAUGGGCCGAUCCAUAUUCGCGAGAAUGUAACUGUGGGUACGGUUGUAACAUCGGUUAAGGCAAGUUCGGGCAUUGAGGGCAAUCCGACGGUUUUCUAUAGAUUAAUGCCUGGGUCAACGGCACAGACGAACAAGUUUCAUACGUUCUAUCUGCAACAGAGACCGGACAAUGGUGACACCUGGGCCGAUAUAAAGGUCAAUCAUCCGCUGGACUAUGAGAGCAUCAAGGAAUACAAUUUAACCAUACGUGUGGAGAACAACGGCGCCCAGCAAUUGGCAUCGGAAGCGACCGUUUACAUAAUGCUCGAGGAUGUUAAUGACGAAAUACCGUUAUUCACCGAACGCGAACAGGAAACGGUGCUGGAGGGCGAACCGAUUGGCACCAAAGUGACACAAGUGAAUGCCAUUGACAAGGAUGGCACAUUCCCAAAUAAUCAGGUCUACUACUACAUCGUCGACUCGCCACGUAACGAGGGCAAAGAAUUUUUUGAAAUUAAUUUGCAAAGCGGCGAAAUCUUCACCAAAACCGUGUUCGACAGGGAGAAGAAGGGCGCCUACGCCCUCGAGGUAGAGGCACGCGAUGGUGCGCCCUCUGCGCGGCCGAACAGCAAUGGACCCAAUUCAGUCACCAAAUUCAUACGUAUUGGCAUUGCCGAUAAGAACGAUAAUCCACCCUAUUUCGACAAAUCGCUCUACGAGGCGGAAGUGGACGAGAAUGAGGAUAUACAGCACACAGUGCUGACAGUCACGGCCAAGGAUCACGAUGAAUCUUCACGUAUACGCUAUGAAAUCACCAGCGGCAACAUUGGCGGCGCUUUUGCUGUUAAAAAUAUGACGGGUGCCAUUUAUGUGGCCGGCGCUUUAGACUACGAAACGCGACGCAGGUAUGAGCUGCGUUUGGCUGCCUCCGAUAAUUUAAAGGAAAACUAUACGACGGUCAUCAUUCAUGUCAAGGAUGUUAAUGACAAUCCGCCCGUGUUCGAGCGACCCACAUAUCGCACACAAAUUACCGAAGAGGAUGAUCGUAAUUUGCCCAAGCGUGUUUUGCAGGUUACCGCCACGGAUGGCGACAAGGAUCGUCCGCAAAAUAUUGUUUAUUUUCUAACUGGCCAAGGCAUAGAUCCCGAUAAUCCAGCCAAUAGCAAAUUCGACAUUAAUCGCACAACGGGCGAAAUAUUUGUGCUUAAGCCGCUGGAUCGCGAUCAACCGAACGGACGACCACAGUGGCGUUUCACCGUCUUUGCUCAGGAUGAGGGCGGCGAGGGUCUUGUGGGCUAUGCGGAUGUUCAGGUUAAUCUGAAGGAUAUCAACGACAAUGCGCCCAUUUUCCCGCAGGGUGUUUACUUUGGUAACGUUACGGAAAAUGGCACCGCCGGCAUGGUGGUCAUGACCAUGACAGCUGUCGACUAUGACGAUCCCAAUGAGGGUUCGAAUGCGCGUCUGGUCUACUCGAUUGAAAAGAAUGUGAUUGAAGAGGAGACGGGUUCGCCCAUUUUUGAAAUAGAACCGGACACGGGCGUAAUAAAGACAGCUGUUUGUUGUUUGGAUCGUGAGCGUACGCCGGAUUAUUCGAUACAAGUGGUUGCCAUGGAUGGCGGGGGGUUAAAGGGCACGGGCACGGCGUCUAUACGUGUCAAGGAUAUUAAUGACAUGCCGCCACAGUUCACCAAAGACGAAUGGUUCACGGAGGUGGAUGAAACGGAUGGCACCGCCCUGCCCGAAAUGCCCAUACUGACAGUCACAGUGCACGACGAGGACGAAACGAACAAGUUCCAAUAUAAAGUUAUCGACAACAGCGGCUAUGGCGCCGAUAAGUUUACAAUGGUGCGCAACAAUGAUGGCACCGGCUCACUAAAGAUUGUCCAGCCGCUGGACUAUGAGGAUCAGCUGCAGAGCAACGGCUUCCGCUUUCGCAUACAGGUGAACGAUAAGGGCGAGGACAACGAUAACGAUAAAUAUCAUGUGGCCUACUCCUGGGUGGUGGUCAAGCUGCGCGAUAUCAACGAUAACAAGCCCCACUUUGAGCGCGCCAACGUUGAGGUGUCCGUGUUCGAGGACACCAAAGUGGGCACCGAGCUGGAGAAGUUCAAGGCCACCGAUCCGGAUCAGGGCGGCAAGAGCAAGGUCUCCUAUUCGAUAGAUCGCUCCUCGGAUCGCCAGCGUCAGUUUGCCAUCAAUCAGAAUGGUUCGGUCACCAUACAACGUUCGCUGGAUCGUGAGGUUGUGCCGCGGCAUCAGGUCAAGAUUUUGGCCAUCGACGAUGGUUCACCACCGAAAACAGCAACAGCUACGCUGACGGUAAUUGUGCAGGAUAUCAAUGACAAUGCACCCAAGUUCCUCAAGGAUUACAGACCCGUGCUGCCGGAGCAUGUGCCGCCACGUAAAGUUGUCGAAAUUCUGGCCACCGAUGAUGAUGAUCGCUCUAAGAGCAAUGGACCACCCUUCCAGUUUCGCUUGGAUCCCAGCGCUGAUGAUAUUAUACGCGCCUCCUUCAAGGUUGAACAGGAUCAAAAGGGUGCAAAUGGUGAUGGCAUGGCGGUUAUCUCGUCACUGCGCUCCUUUGAUCGAGAGCAGCAGAAGGAGUACAUGAUACCCAUUGUGAUCAAGGAUCAUGGCUCGCCGGCAAUGACUGGCACCAGUACGCUGACGGUGAUCAUUGGCGAUGUGAACGACAACAAGAUGCAGCCGGGCUCGAAGGAUAUAUUCGUGUACAACUAUCAGGGACAGUCGCCGGAUACGCCAAUUGGCCGCGUCUAUGUUUACGAUCUGGACGAUUGGGAUUUGCCCGACAAGAAGUUCUAUUGGGAGGCGCAGGAGCAUCCACGCUUCAAGCUGGACGAGGACUCUGGCAUGGUGACAAUGCGCGCGGGCACACGCGAGGGUCGCUACCAUCUGCGCUUCAAGGUCUACGAUCGGAAGCACACCCAGACGGAUGUGCCGGCCAAUGUGACCGUUAUGGUGCGUGAGAUACCACACGAGGCGGUCAUCAAUUCGGGUUCGGUGCGUCUGUCGGGCAUCUCCGAUGAGGAUUUCAUACGCGUAUGGAAUUAUCGCACACAGAGCCUGAGUCGCUCCAAGCUGGAUCGUUUUAGGGAUAAACUGGCGGACCUAUUGAAUACGGAACGCGAGAAUGUCGAUAUAUUUAGCGUGCAGCUGAAGCGUCGCAACCCGCCGCUGACCGAUGUACGCUUCUCGGCGCACGGCUCACCCUAUUACAAGCCAGUCCGACUCAAUGGCAUUGUGCUGAUGCAUCGCGAGGAGAUCGAAAAGGAUGUGGGCAUCAAUAUCACCAUGGUGGGCAUCGAUGAGUGCCUGUACGAGAAUCAAAUGUGCGAGGGCAGCUGCACGAAUGCCCUCGAGAUUAGCCCCCUGCCCUAUAUGGUGAAUGCGAACAAGACAGCGCUGGUGGGCGUGCGCGUGGACACCUUGGCCGAUUGCACUUGUGGUGCACGUAAUUUCACCAAGCCCGAAUCCUGCCGUACCACUCCGUGUCACAACGGCGGCCGUUGUGUGGACACACGCUUCGGACCGCACUGCUCCUGCCCGGCGGGCUAUACGGGUCCGCGCUGCCAGCAAACAACGCGCAGCUUCCGCGGCAACGGCUGGGCCUGGUAUCCACCGCUGGAGAUGUGCGACGAGUCGCAUCUGAGUCUCGAGUUUAUAACACGCAAGCCGGACGGCUUGAUUAUCUACAAUGGACCCAUUGUGCCGCCCGAGCGCGAUGAGAUGCUCAUCUCAGAUUUUGUAGCACUGGAACUGGAGCGUGGCUAUCCCCGGCUGCUGAUAGACUUUGGCUCGGGCACACUGGAGCUGCGCGUAAAGACCAAGAAAACGCUAGACGAUGGCGAAUGGCAUCGCAUUGAUUUGUUCUGGGAUACGGAGAGUGUACGCAUGGUUGUUGACUUUUGCAAAUCGGCCGAGAUUAGCGAAAUGGAGGACGGCACUCCGCCCGAAUUCGAUGAUACCUCGUGUCAGGCACGCGGCCAGAUACCGCCCUUCAAUGAGUACUUGAAUGUGAACGCACCGCUGCAGGUGGGCGGCCUCUAUAGGGAGCAGUUCGAGCAAUCUCUCUACUUCUGGCACUAUAUGCCCACGGCGAAGGGCUUCGAUGGCUGCAUACGUAACCUGGUGCACAACUCCAAGCUGUACGAUCUGGCCCAUCCGGGUCUGUCGCGCAACAGCGUCGCCGGCUGCCCACAGACGGAGGAGGUGUGCGCCCAAACGGAGGCAACGGCACGCUGCUGGGAGCAUGGCAAUUGCGUUGGCUCCCUUUCGGAGGCGCGCUGCCAUUGCCGACCCGGCUGGACGGGCCCCGCAUGCAAUAUACCCACUGUGCCCACCACCUUCAAGGCGCAGAGCUAUGUCAAAUAUGCUCUAAGCUUUGAGCCCGAUCGCUUUAGCACCCAGGUGCAGCUACGCUUCCGUACACGCGAGGAACACGGCGAACUGUUCCGGGUUAGCGAUCAGCACAAUCGCGAAUACGGCAUAUUGGAGAUAAAGGAUGCACGUCUGCACUUCCGCUACAAUUUGAACUCGCUGCGCACCGAGGAAAAGGAUCUAUGGCUCAAUUCGGUAGCCGUCAACGAUGGCCAAUGGCAUGUGGUGCGCAUCAAUCGUUAUGGCUCGGCGGCCACCUUGGAGCUGGAUGGCGGCGAGGGCAGGCGUUACAAUGAGACGUUCGAGUUUGUGGGGCAUCAGUGGCUGUUGGUCGACAAGCAGGAGGGAGUCUAUGCGGGCGGCAAGGCCGAAUAUACGGGCGUGCGCACAUUCGAAGUGUAUGCGGACUAUCAGAAGAGCUGUCUAGAUGAUAUACGUCUGGAGGGCAAACACCUGCCCCUGCCACCCGCCAUGAAUGGCACACAGUGGGGCCAGGCAACAAUGGCGCGUAAUUUGGAAAAGGGUUGCCCCUCGAACAAGCCCUGCUCGAAUGUCAUUUGUCCCGAUCCAUUCGAGUGUGUGGAUCUUUGGAAUGUCUAUGAGUGCACUUGCGGCGAGGGACGCAUCAUGUCGCCCGAUUCAAAGGGUUGCAUGGAUCGCAACGAAUGCCUCGAUAUGCCCUGUAUGAACGGCGCCACGUGCAUUAAUCUCGAGCCGCGUCUGCGUUAUCGCUGCAUUUGCCCCGACGGCUUCUGGGGCGAGAGCUGUGAGCUGGUGCAGGAGGGUCAGACCCUCAAGCUGAGCAUGGGCGCCCUGGCGGCCAUACUCGUUUGCCUGCUGAUCAUACUGAUACUCGUUUUGGUAUUUGUGGUCUACAAUCGGCGACGUGAGGCGCAUAUCAAAUAUCCCGGACCCGACGAUGAUGUGCGCGAGAAUAUUAUCAAUUACGAUGAUGAGGGCGGCGGCGAGGACGAUAUGACCGCCUUUGAUAUAACGCCAUUGCAGAUACCAAUUGGUGGGCCAAUGCCGCCUGAAUUGGCGCCCAUGAAAAUGCCAAUUAUGUAUCCCGUGAUGACGCUUAUGCCCGGCCAGGAGCCCAAUGUGGGCAUGUUCAUCGAGGAGCAUAAAAAGCGAGCCGAUGGCGAUCCGAAUGCGCCACCCUUUGAUGAUUUGCGCAAUUAUGCGUACGAGGGCGGCGGCAGCACAGCCGGUUCGCUUAGCUCAUUGGCCUCAGGCACCGAUGAUGAGCAGCAGGAAUACGACUACCUCGGAGCCUGGGGUCCGCGUUUCGAUAAGCUGGCCAACAUGUAUGGCCCGGAGGCGCCCAAUCCGCAUAACACCGAGCUCGAAUUGUAAGUUUCCAGCCAAAAAGAAGAAAAAGAAAAGAAAAUCGAAGCCCGAAACUGUAAACGCAGUUAAGUAGCCACAAAAGUUGCAUUUAAAAAUUCUACACGACCGUGGAGUUUAGGCAAAAAUCAUUGUAAACGAUUUUCUCGCUAACUCAAACACAAAGAAGCGCAACCAAAGAAGCAUGGCAGAACCCUAAGUUAGUGGAAAAAAAGAGAAAACAAAAACAAACAAAAACUUGAAAACAAAAACAAACCUAUUUAAACUAAACACAUUUGACACGUAAAAUGACAUUUGUAAAAAAUACUUCAUCAGCAUUUAAAUUUAAUAAUUAUUCUAAUUAAUUUAGUGUGAAGAGAACGCAAAAUUUUUAAGCAAGGAAUACGAAAAACCUAGAGUAUUGAGCAAGGGGGCGAGAGCAUACCAAAGUUUAGAUUAGGCGCGUGCAUGAAUUUCCAUUUUCAAUUUUGAUUAUAAUGAAGUGAAAAUGGAAAACAAAUUGAAUAUAU